AUUUCUUACUGUUUCCUAUUCUUAUAUUAAUUUUUACAAUCCUUGUUUUUAUUCUUUAUUUUUAAUUUAGUUCUUUAUGCAUGCUUAUUGGUUAUCGUUAUUGCUGAGGUUCCUGGAGCUGCAGGGGUUCACCCUUAUCAGCACUCUCUGCUGGCACACAUGCGCACGCGCGCACACACACACACACACACACACAUACCUGGCCUUCCCAGAAAGACAAACAGCAAUAAGAGGUCAGUGUCCUGUUUCACCGGCUGCCACCCUCACUCAGGUCUUAUUAGCUCACUCACCCAGCUGGAGUGAGGCUUACCACCAUGUCCAAGCUGGUGGCCUUCCUGCUGCUCUGGGGUGUCUCCCUGAGCCCAACUGCAGAAGCGGCCACAUUUUUCGAGACCCAGCCGGACCUGUGGGCAGAGGCCAAAUCACUGCUGAAACCCUGGGAGGACCUGACAUUGAUCUGCCAGGCCAAGCUGCAUACCACGGAUUUUGAGCUGUUUAAGGAUGGGGUGCUCCAGAAACAUAUGCACCUUGAUGAAGCUGCCAUGGAGCAGCGCUUCCCCCUGGGAGCCGUGACGGGGGACACUCGGGGCCUCUAUCGCUGCCGCUAUGCCUUUGGAGCUGGUAGCUGGACCCAGCUGAGUGACCUGCUGGAGGUGACUGGGACGGAGCCCCUGCCCCCGCCCCUGCUCAGAAGCAAGCCGGUGUCCUGGAUCACGCCGGGCCUGAACACGACCCUGCAGUGCCGAGGGGGACUUCGGGGCGCGACCUUCCUGCUGACUCGGAAAGGCGACGGCCAGUUUCUGGAGGUGGGUGGGGCCCCUGGGGCCGCGGAGGCCACCUUCCCAGUCCACCGGGCUGGCAACUACAGCUGCAGCUACCGGACCCACGCAGCAGGCACCCCCUCGCGGCCCAGUGCCACCGUGACCAUCGAGGAGCAGGGUGAGUGUCCGGGCCACGCGGGGGGCCUCCCGGGGCAGCGCUGCCUUUCCGCCGACGUCCUGCGCCCCGGCGGGAAGGUCUCCCUGGGCUGCGCGGCGCCCCUGGAGGGCGUGGAGUUCCAGCUGCGGAGGGGAGGCCGGGAGCUGAAGGUCAGCCGGUGGAGCACCACCCCCGGCCGCGUCCACUUCGACCUGGAAUGGCCGGCCCCGGGGGAAGGCGGCCGCUUCACCUGCCGCUACCACCUGCGCGGCGAGCGCAUGCCCUGGUCCGCGGACAGCGCGCCCGUGGAGCUGCUGCUGAGCGAUGACGUGACGCCGCUGGACUCGGCCAACUACAGCUGCGUCUACGCGGACACGGCGCCGCCCUUCGCGGGCUCCGCGCCCAGCGCGCGCCUGGAGCUGCAGGUGGACGGGCCCCUCCCCAGGCCGAAGCUCCGGCCCCUGUGGAGCGGGGCGGUGCGUCCCGGCCGCGACGCGGCCCUGCGCUGCGAGAGCCCGGUGCCCUACGAGACCCUGGAGCUCCUGCGGGAAGGGGAAGUGGUGGCUUCAACGUACCAGCCCUCGCAGGACCUCGUGCUGACCUACGUCGGGCCCCAACAUGCCGGCAAAUACAGCUGCCGCUACCGCUCCCGCUGGCCCCUAGUGUCUGAGCUCAGCGACCCGGUGGACCUCCAGGUGGCAGGUGAGGGUCCCCUGGGUCCUGAGGGCUAG